UGAAGCCCUUUUCCAUCUCCUUACCCACUUAUUCUAAGAAGGUUUUUGCCCACCGAUUACUCUCCCUUCCUCAACCAUUACUUUUAUGAACCUCAUCCUCUUCUUCACAACUACCUUUUCUUCUUGCUCUCUUGGAGAAAAGAUGCAUUUUUUUUCACCUUAUGUUUUAAUGCUUUUUUGGGUGCAUUGCUUCACUCCCAUGGUGUUGUCCAUCAAUUUAGUUGAUGAGUUUGCUCUUAUUGCCUUAAAAUCCCAUAUCACAUAUGAUUCCCAGGGCAUUUUGGCAACAAAUUGGUCUACCAAAAGCUCCUACUGCAAUUGGUAUGGUAUUUCUUGCAAUGCUCCUCAACAAAGAGUUUCUGUAAUCAACCUCUCUAGCAUGGGUCUUGAAGGAACUAUUGCACCACAAGUGGGCAACCUCUCCUUUCUUGUUUCCCUUGAUCUUAGUAAUAACUACUUCCAUGACUCUCUUCCCAAGGAUAUUGGUAAGUGCAAGGAGCUUCAACAGCUGAAUUUAUUUAAUAAUAAAUUGGUUGGAGGCAUUCCAGAAGCCAUUUGUAAUUUAUCAAAACUUGAAGAGCUAUAUCUUGGCAAUAAUCAGUUGAUUGGUGAAAUUCCAAAGAAAAUGAAUCAUCUUCAGAAUCUGAAGGUAUUGUCAUUCCCAAUGAACAACUUAACAGGUUCCAUACCGGCCACCAUUUUCAAUAUAUCUUCUUUGCUCAAUAUUAGUCUCUCCAAUAAUAACCUCUCUGGGAGUCUUCCCAAGGAUAUGCGCUACGCCAAUCCAAAGCUCAAGGAGCUUAAUCUUUCAUCAAAUCAUUUGAGUGGAAAGAUCCCCACUGGUUUAGGCCAAUGUAUACAGCUUCAAGUAAUUUCCUUAGCAUAUAAUGAUUUCACGGGAAGCAUACCAAGUGGAAUCGGUAACUUGGUGGAGCUUCAAAGAUUGUCUCUACUGAAUAACAGCUUGACAGGUACACUUUUUCUUUCAUCUAUUUCUUUUUUCCUUUUUAUUCUCUCACUUUCCUUGAAGCUUUCAAAGAUAUAAGCAAAAUGUUAUUGUUUUUCCAACCCAUUCAUUGUUCAACAUCUCUUCGUUGAGGUUUUUGAAUCUGGCAGUGAAUAACCUAGAAGGUGAAAUCCCCUUCAGUUUGUCGCAAUGCAGAGAACUCCGAGUGUUAUCAUUAUCUUUCAAUCAGUUCACUGGAGGCAUUCCACAAGCCAUAGGGAGUUUAUCCAACCUUGAAGGAUUAUAUCUUCCUUAUAACAAAUUGACAGGUGGAAUUCCUAAAGAGAUUGGGAAUCUUUCAAAUUUAAAUCUUUUGCACUUAGCGUCUAAUGGAAUUAGUGGCCCUAUUCCUGUCGAAAUUUUCAAUAUCUCUUCAUUGCAAGGGAUUGAUUUCAGUAAUAAUAGCCUUUCUGGGAGUCUUCCAAGGGAUAUUUGUAAACAUCUUCCUAAUCUCCAAUGGCUAUAUCUUGCUCGGAAUCAUCUCAGUGGUCAACUUCCUACAACUUUAUCCUUAUGUGGAGAGCUCUUGCUCCUGUCACUAUCAUUCAAUAAAUUCAGAGGAAGCAUACCAAGAGAAAUUGGCAACUUAUCAAAGCUUGAAGAGAUCUAUCUAUAUCACAAUAGCCUCGUAGGUUCCAUUCCAACUUCAUUUGGUAAUUUGAAGGCCUUAAAACAUCUUCAGUUGGGAACAAACAAUCUUACGGGGACGAUACCAGAAGCUCUUUUUAACAUCUCUAAACUACAUAACCUUGCGUUGGUGCAAAAUCACCUUUCAGGCAGUCUCCCACCAAGUAUUGGCAAUGAAUUCAGUGGAAUAAUUCCAAUGUCUAUUUCAAAUAUGUCGAAACUUAUCCAACUACAGGUAUGGGACAACUCCUUCACUGGUAAUGUGCCAAAAGAUCUCGGUAACCUGACAAAGCUUGAAGUUCUCAACCUUGCAAACAAUCAAUUGACUGAUGAACACUUAGCCUCUGGGGUUAGUUUUCUUACUUCUUUGACAAAUUGCAAAUUUUUGAGAACAUUGUGGAUAGGUUAUAAUCCUUUGAAAGGUACUCUUCCAAAUUCACUAGGGAAUCUUCCCAUUGCUCUUGAAAGUUUUAAUGCAUAUGCCUGCCAAUUCAGAGGAACCAUUCCCACAGGAAUUGGUAAUUUGACCAAUUUGAUAAUGCUGCACUUGGGAGCUAAUGACUUGACAGGGUCAAUUCCAACUACAUUGGGACAGCUACAAAAGCUUCAGGCGUUGUCCAUUGCUGGAAAUAGAAUACGAGGAUCCAUUCCAAAUGAUCUGUGCCAUUUGAAGAACUUGGGAUA